GUUAUGCAGCUCAGUGUUCCGGUUUUUCUGCGCCGUAUCAUUAACAGUCCGUAUCACCCGUUCAACGUCAAAAUUCAUCCCGACAGAUGGCAGAAACGUGAACAACUUCGGCGAUUUGUUGCAUGGCAGUAUGGAUUCGAGCGUACCACCGUGAAAAGAGGCCUGCGAAAGCUCAAUAAAUUGUUCAUUUAUCAAAGUAUGCAACGUGAAGAUGCACCAAAACUCGAGAGAUUUCAUGCGGCACAACGUGUGGAAGCAGCGUUGGCCGAAUAUCAUUUUGAUUAUCCAGCGUUCCGGAAUAUGUUAUCAAAGGCACACAUUGAGCUAGAUAACAUAGUUCUUUCUCAACUCGCAAUAUACGAACCCCAGUCGUUUAAGAGUUUGGUUAUAUUGACGAAACAGAUGGCACAGGAAGACGGACGUGCCGUGAUCGUUGAUGAGGAGCAGAAAAAUGUCCAAACCGAUCCGUCAUUAUUUGGCACCCCGUUUCCCCGCUCAAAGAUGUAUCCUCGCGGUGCUGCUAAAAAUCACCAGAAGCGUCCAAGACCACUCAAAAUUACAGAAUUCUGA